AUAAUUUUCCUCAUUUUGUAACAAUGCUUCAUGAGAAUAUUAAAUUUUCUCCAAGUUAAAAAUAAAAUUUAAAUUCACAAGGUCUCUAUCUCGUCGAGUUUUCUCCCUUCUGAAAAAUUACACCAAAACAGAAUCAAGAAAACGUAAUGAUCUGUGCACAGUUCUUUAUUUACAUUCUGCAUGUGGUCAGUUUUGUGUCUGUCUGCAAUGGAGGCAUCGUCGCGAACUUCACCGUAAUAUACGAUUAUGUAUCAAGCGAUGAGAUUGUUAUUCUGCAAAAUGCUAUCGAGGAUAUUGGUGCCAUCUCAUCUAUGCCCGUUGUACCGUACAGCAUACACAGUCCAGACGUUCCUCCUCCACCGUUAAAUGUGUCAGCAACAGCUUUGUCAAAGUCGGAAAUCAAGGUUACAUGGACUCCAGUUAAUUUUACCUCACCAAACUUGACUAUUGUUGGAUACACAGCAUUCUACAAGCGCGUUCUUGACCCGGGUGAUACAUGGCAGAGAUUGACAACAAUGCAUUGGAACAGAUCGUUAAUAUUGGUUAACUUGAUGCCACAUACAACUUACACAAUCCGAGUGGUGGCUUUUCACCGUCAAGGAAAUGGAAUUGCGUCUCAAUUUUUCGACGAGAAAACGUUGGAAGGAGUUCCUGAAUCUAAACCGGAGAAAUUCACCUGCGUGUCUGAAAAUCCAUCAACGAUUAGCUUAUCGUGGCUUAUUUAUAACAGCACAGCGUGGAAUGGUGAUGCAAAAGGAUACAUAGCUUGGUAUAGGGUGUACAACUCCGGGACAGAGCUUAACAAUAUUACAUUUUCAGCAUCAGCUCGAACGGGUGUGCUAGAUGAACUGAAGCAAUACACUAAGUAUGAAAUAUAUCUUGCAGCACAAACGCGAGUGGGGAGUGGACCAAAAGCCUGGUGCGUUAUUGAUACGGCAGAAGGAGUACCGUCUGUUGGACCUAAAAUAAUUUACUGGGAACUUACUCCAACCCGACCAUUAGAGGCGCUGGUUCGAUGGGAUCCUAUUCCUGAGGAGAAAAUUAACGGUCGACUUAGUGGAUACAAGAUUUACUACGGUGUAUCAAGAAAUGGAAAAAUUAGAAUUGAAUAUCCUGACAUGAAAUUUAUAAAAGUUGACCAAUUCACAUUUGAAGUUGUAUUAAAAGAAAACUUGGAACCAUCAAUGGAGUUAACAGUGGAAAUAGCUGGCUUGACAAAAAUUGGAGAAGGAGAGCGAAGUAGACCUGUUUAUGUCGAAACAUGCACAUGUCCGAUUUCUAUCUAUACAGCAUGGUUUUCUAACAAGCCUUACGUUUACAAAAAUCAGGAUGAGAAUGAUACCAUUGGUAUCUUUCCCGAUUACUUAAACAAAAUGGUCAACCAACUAUGCGCAGGGUGCCAUGGUCUUAGACGCCACAACUCUCAGACACCGUCCACGCUCUAUUGGGACAGGACCAAAGAUGGUAAAAACCCGAAAAGAAAAGAUGAGAAAGAUUUGAAAGAAAAAGUAGGAAACAACGUUCACUUUCACGUCGCCAUGUUUGGUCGUUCAGAGAUCGAGAAUUUCCAAUCCAGUUACAAAUUUGUUUCAAUUAUUAACAGUCCUGGGUCAGCAUUUAUAGUGCGCGACCCGAUGGGUGAACUGGAUAAAACUGCCGCCAUUAUGUCUUCUUUGUUUAGUUGUUGGCCAGCUGUUAUUAUCAUCAUAGUUUUAUCCAUGGUGGCAGGAAUUGUUGUCUGGUUAUUGGAUUGUGAGAGUAACGCGGAGGAUUUUCCAAACGAAAGCUUUAUCAGAGGCAUCUACCACGGUACAUACUGGGCCUUUGUUAGCAUGACAACGAUUGGGUACGGUGACAAAACCCCACGAAGUUGUAUGGCACAGUCAGUUGCGAUUGUUUGGAUGCUGAUGGGACCCAUCAUCAACGGUAUUGUUAUCGGCGCCAUAACAACCUCCUUGACAACGAUCAACCUGGAAAGUGAUCCAAAGAUUUACGGGAGCGUGGUGGGUGCUCUUGCAGGGUCGUUCGAAUACAACCUGGGUGUCCGAAGAAACGCUAAAAUGAAUACGACAGGAAAAAAUUAUUUGAACACAUCCGAGUUAUUUGAUGAUAUCGUGGCUAGAAAGAUUGAUGGAAUUUUAAUAGAUUCCUUGGUAGCUGCUGAUAAAGCUGACGAAAUGGGCAAGCGAAAUCUAAAACUGUCCAAGAUUAUUCCAGAAGCUUCAGGGUGGGGUGUCAUACUCUCUGCAGAAAUGAUCAAAUUAGAACCAGAUAUUCGGACAUAUGUAAAAGCACACGAGAGCGAAAUGAAGGAAUUGGUAGCCAACCGAACGGAGGGUAAAUUAACGGUAAAAUCCAAACCACCAUCUAACCUCACCACUGGUAUCGUGGAUCCAAAUUCUAAAAUAUUCAAAGAUUUCGUUUAUUAUGGUUUGGUAGCACUUAUCGUUCUCUCCAUUUUCGGAUUAACAUACUCAUAUGGUUACUUGAAAAUGCGCCGAAGAAAAAUUGUUCCAUUUAGUCAAGAGCAUCGUGAGUUGCUUGAAAACGACUUGUCCGGUAUGAUGCAAAAGUUCUGUUUGCAGACAAUGAAGAUGAUCAAAGACACAAGCGCUAAUCAUGAGUCUGAACUCAAAAGAUUUUUUUGGAAAAAAGGUUAUUCAUUUGGUAUCGAUGCCUGGUUUAAACAGAAAACCAUGACAGAGGAGAUUUUGAAGAAAGAUAUUCGUUACCAAGAAAUCAUGUUUCACGACCUGCAAAAAGAAAAUGCAUUAAAUAGAAUGAGUACCGUCACAAAAUGGAAAAGAGGCAAGAAAAUUAUUUCGAGAGCUAUCAGAGUGAUGCCAUCAAAAUCUUCCACUGUCUAAAAUUUGGAACAUGUAAUUAAUUAACCGGCUAUUCAUCGUUGAUUUGUGCCGAACACGUGUGGUAAUGUUAUUUUUUGUUGAAAUUUCUUUGAACACAUUUGUAAAUAACUCA